AUGCUAAAUCGACAAAGCAAGAAGUAUAACAAGCCAGAGACUGAGAUGCAACCACAAUACGUCCAGGAUAGACUUGAAUCUCUCGCAGAGGUUGACAAUAAGCUCUGUAGCCUAUUGAAAACCGCUUCGCAAAUUGUCUUUACUUUCAGUGAGCUCAAACAGGGCAAUCAUGAGCUGAAACCGCAGUUUGAGCAACAUGUAAAGCAAUUCUACACUGAUCUGGAGAGUUCAACAGUGCAAUUGAGGCAAGAGAUCAAGUUGCUCGACGAAAAUGUAGGAACUAGGUUGCUCCCAAUUAACGUGAAUAAGAAGGCUACCGGGCAGGAUGAUGACAAGAUGCGGGAACAAGUGGCUAUUCUUAAAGACAUUUUGGGGGAGAAUAAUUGA